AUGCCAGUCAAAACCCCACUACGUACAUUCUCGCCCGAUGCCACCGAGGAGCACGAUGAGGCCGCGAAAGACCUGCUGGACGUGUACAGGUCAGUGAACACUCUGGCCGCUGGCAUGAGCCUAGAAGGACCUUGCCUGACCGCGCGUUUCCUCCAGCCCGGAGAGUUCGGGUAUGAAGUCCGACUGUCGUGGCCCAAGAACAAUGACAGGAAACGUGCGAUCACCGGGAUAUCUCCACUGGCGGUCAAGUGCCCCAGUCGCCGAUUCGACCUCUUCGUCAACACAACUUCGCAGGAUGUAGAGCUAUACCGCAAUGCCCCGUUGCCGACACAGCCUCUUCAGCCGGCCCAGCCCGGUCCAAGUUUGUCGAUGCAGCCUCCGUCAGAUAGAAGCCAUGCAGAUUUGAUCCAGCACUUCCAAAGCACCGCUUACCUCUCGUUGGCCACAUUCACUGCGACGAAUUCUCAGAUGCGAGAGACACUCAUGCGCAUGGCCCGGGCCCGCGAUACCGCCGCGCGCCUCGCGCUUCACUCCGCGAUGCUCGCCUUCUCGCUGCACCGUGACGGGCUCCACCAGCAGACGGCACAGCUCAAAAUACCAGCACUUCGGUUCCUGUCGGCUUCUACGAGAGGAGGGACGUUAAGCUCGGCCGAGGCUGCUCGGCAUGCGGCAGCAUUGAUGCUCCUUGGUGCUUUCGAGAUCUUCCUACCGUCAGAAAGCUCGGGCGAGUGGCUUUGGUACGUCUGGGGGGCCAUGAAAAUCACCCAGGCGGCCAGGCUCAAAGACUACUCCGACCAAAGCGAUGUCCGCCACCUUCUCGACUGGGUUCACUUCCAUAACACGCUUUCCCAUUUCCCGAUACAUCACUGGCGUCACAGGCCAUUGCCUCCUGGGGCGGCAGCCGCGCAGCCUUGCAGCCCCGGACAAGAGUUUCGGCCUCCGUCCUUGCAGACGUACAGAAUAGAAAUGCCGGCCCCUAAUGUCACGCACGCAGUCCUGAACCUGCUAUCUGAAGUCUGCGAAAGGCUACUAGACCCGUGGGACCCGAAGGGCCGCGACGCGGACUACCACGCCAACCUCAGAGCGCUCGAGAGGAGAGCCGAGAGCCUCCACCUGCACUACGGGGCCGAGGAGGACGCCGACAUCGUAUACGGCGCAGAAAUAUGGCGGAUCGCCACGCGGGUCUACCUCGCGCGGGCUUCGCAGAACCGAUGGGAACAGUCCGCCGACCUGGACUCUAUGAUCGACGCGCAGUUCGUCCGGAUCACCACCUUUUACUCCUGCAGGCACUUCUUUCCCAUGUUCAUUCUCGCCUGCGAGGCGCGCACGGACGAGCGACGCGCGGCCGUCAUCGGUCUGAUUGACAGGACGGAGAGAAGCGCACGCACGAGAAGCCUGAAAGGUCUGAGGAACCUCGUCCAAUCUAUCUGGGUGCAGCAGGACCUCCACGCAGACAGAGAUCUGCUGGUGAACUACCAUGGCAUCAUCAGCACUGUGGUCAGCUCCGGCACUACACCUUCAUCCUUUGUGUAG